GGACAAAGAGGAGAUGGGCACACAGGCACACCCCACACAAGUAGCCUGUAGAGCCAAGGAAUUGGCUGAAUGUGCCUGGGACCCAGAAGCCACCUGACAUAGAGCAGAAGGUCCCAAUGGCUUCCCAUGGGAAUGAUAACAAGGACUCUAGGCAUUCAAGUAGAAGAAGCUAUGGCUCCAUCAGCUCUCCAAACACACCAGGGCUGCACCAAGAAAUUCCAACGUCAACCUACUUGAAUGAGAAGAUCCCAAUUCCUGACACAAAACCAGGAAGAUUCAGCUUCCGGAAGCUGUGGGCCUUCACAGGACCAGGAUUCCUCAUGAGCAUAGCUUUUCUGGAUCCCGGAAAUAUUGAAUCUGACCUACAAGCUGGAGCUGUGGCCGGAUUCAAACUGCUGUGGGUACUAUUCUGGGCCACUAUACUGGGCUUACUGUGUCAGCGCCUAGCUGCCCGUCUUGGGGUGGUGACCGGCAAGGACCUGGCAGAAAUAUGUCAUCUGUAUUACCCCAAGGUGCCCCGGGUCCUGCUCUGGCUGGUCAUGGAACUUGCAAUCAUUGGUUCGGAUAUGCAGGAGGUCAUAGGCACGGCCAUCGCUUUCAGCCUGCUCUCUGCCAGGAGGAUUCCCCUGUGGGGCGGUGUGCUCAUCACCAUUGUUGAUACGCUGUUUUUCCUUUUCCUGGAUAAUUACGGGCUGCGGAAGCUGGAAGCCUUCUUCGGAUUUCUAAUCACCAUGAUGGCCCUGACCUUUGGCUAUGAGUACGUGGUGGUGAAGCCAGACCAAGGGGCCCUAAUCAAAGGACUCUCUCUGCCCUCCUGCUCAGGCUGUGGCCAGCCCGAGCUCCUGCAGGCAGUGGGCAUUGUGGGGGCCAUCAUCAUGCCCCACAACAUCUACUUACACUCUGCUCUGGUCAAGUCCAGAGGGAUCAACCGUUCCCAGAGACAGGAAGUCCGAGAGGCCAACAUGUAUUUCCUGAUAGAAGCUUCCAUUGCCCUGCUUGUCUCUUUCAUCAUUAACCUGUUCGUCAUGGCAGUCUUUGGGCAAGCCUUCUACCAACAUACCAACCAAACUGUGCAUGAUGUGUGUGCCAAUGGAAGCCUCCCUUUUUAUACCUCCUUUCUCAAGGAUGACCAGCCAGUGACUGCCGACAUUUACCAGGGGGGCGUGAUUCUUGGCUGCUUCUUCGGCCCUGCUGUCCUCUACAUCUGGGCUGUGGGCAUCCUGGCAGCCGGACAGAGUUCCACCAUGACAGGCACCUACGCAGGACAGUUUGUGAUGGAGGGCUUCUUGAAGCUCCGCUGGUCCCGUUUCGCCAGAGUCGUCUUUACCCGCUCCUGUGCCAUCCUUCCCACCAUCCUGGUGGCCAUCUUCAGGGACAUCCAAGACUUGUCUGGUUUGAAUGACCUGCUAAAUGUGCUGCAGAGCCUGCUGCUCCCUUUUGCUGUGUUUCCCAUCCUCACCUUCACCAGCAUGCCGGCCAUCAUGCAAGAGUUCGCCAACGGCUUGAUAUGCAAAAUCACCACAUUCUUCAUCAUGGGUCUGGUCUGCACCAUCAAUGCCUACUUUGUCAUCAGUUACCUGGAGGGGCUUCCGCAUCCCGGGUACUAUGGGCUGGUGGCUCUGCUGGCGGCCGCCUACCUAGCUCUCUUCUUCUACCUGAUGUGGACCUGCGGUAUCGCCCACGGGGCUUCGUUCCUGGUACGCUGUUCCCACCAGCAAUUCCUCUAUGGGCUCCCAGAAGAAGACGAGGAGGGGAGUCCUACCAGCUGAGACCCUCUCCC